UGAUUAAAUAUGAAUGAUGACUGUUUAAUUUCCCACUCGCUGCUGUACGGAAUGACUGGAACAUUUUGAUAACUACUGGUUAUGUUCACAGUGCAACGUUUAAAUUAAAUUUCCGACUGCAAAUCACAAUAAACAUUUAAUAACAAUGUCAAAUUAUCCAAAUAUUACACCGGAUCGAUAUGAAGAGAUUCGCAAGGCUGUCUUGAGUAGUGUGAUUAAAUUCUGCUCCAAUGAGCUGAAUUCAGAUGGACUUGACUCAGAUCAGAAAGAAUCACUUUUGGUCGCUAAACAAUGCCUGGAAACAACUUAUGAGAUCGAGGAGACGUCGGCGGACAAUGCCAGCGAUUUAAUAGAUUUAUUUUAUAGUAAUAAUCUUCCUUUGCCUGAUGCAAAUGCUUCUGAAUUGGAAGCAGAAGCUGAAGAAUACAAAGUUAAGGGAAAUGAUGCAAUGAAGGAAAAUAAUUACACUGCUGCAAUUGAGCAUUACUCAAAGGCAAUUAAGUUGUUUAAUAAGAAGGCGAUUUAUUAUUGCAAUCGGGCGGCGGCUUUCAGUCGCAUGGAACGUCAUAGAGAUGCUGUUGCUGAUUGUAAGGAAGCAAUCAAACUAGAUCCGAGUUAUGGCAAGGCUUAUGGACGUUUAGGUAUUGCUUAUGCAAAUAUGAAUAUGUAUAGAGAUGCAGCCAAUGCCUACCGAAAAGCUUUGGAGUUAGAUCCUAACAAUGCUUCCUACGAGUCGAAUCUUCGACUUGCCGAGGAUAAAAUCGCUCCCACAGGCGCUGCUCCUGUUCUAGGAAACUUUGAUUUCGGUGGUCUAAUGAACAAUCCAGCGCUUCUGAACAUGGCCUCGCAGAUGUUAAACGACCCAUCUUUUCGCAACAUGGUUUCUGGUAUCAUUUCCAAUACAGGUGAAGGCGGUGGUGAUCCAAUGGAGUCUUUUGUUGAAGUAGGACAACAAUUAGCUGAACAUAUGCAACAGAGUAAUCCAGCAGUGCUGGAAAACAUCCGCCAGUCAAUAGGAAGAGUUCGUCAACAUGCAGGUGGAGAUGCACCACCAGCAGACAACCUAGGCGAUGAUAAUAUCCCGCCUGGUGGUGCACCUGCUCCCGGAGCACCAGGAAAUGAUGGUUCGGCAAAUAAUUGAUAUUUAUUUAUUUAAACUAGAACUAUCACACUUAUGAUUAACUUGGUUUGCUGUUUUAUCUGUUUUUUCCUCUCUUUUGCCUUUUAAUCAUAACACAUCAAAACUGAUUAUUGUACCUUUCAACCAUAUUAUGUCAAACAUUAUUACGACUGUUUUGUUUACAUUAUAAGUUUUCUGGUACAGAAAUAUUAUACAAAUGUGCGUUUGUGAGUGCAGACGACGCAUUGCAUUUAUUAUAUAAAUAAAUAUGAAUAAAAUGUUUUAGAGACCAA